CCCUCCUUAACCACCACAAAUCACCGCAUACCCACCGCAAUUAACCACCUACCACAGCAAACACCAACCCCGAAAACCACCCUCCCUUACCUUUCACCCUCAAAACGACCAAAAAUCGGCCACGAAAGCCCUCGAUUAGUCGAUUUUGACCGCCGAUUUCGCAAAAUUGGGGGAAAUGGGAGUGGAUUUCGCGGUAGAUCGAGAAUGGGGGUGGAUUUUGCGGCGAUUAGGGAUGGUUUUUGUGGUGGUUUGGAGGGCUUAAGGUGGUUUUCGGGGAGGGAGAGGGGGUAAAGUGGUGGAUCGGCGAUCGAAGGCGUUGGUUUCGUCGGAUUUUGUUGAGGCAAUGGAUGCCGGCGGCAAUUGGCGGUUGAGGUCGUUGGUGCAGAGGUGGUGGGAGGGCUAGCCAUCUAGUACCAUCAGCGACGAUGAUGCAUAUUUUGUGGGUUAUAUGCGAGUCAGUCUUAAGAUCCAGAAAAUCCAACACUGUCAACCUCCUUACAUACGCUCAAGACUUAACAAGGCAGUCUCGAGCAACAGCCAUCACCUCAGUGUUUUGCUAGUGUUAGCUACAAUCUUAUUUUAAAAGACCACGGUCGUUCUUGUUGCUGUUGUCAUUGUUGUAUUGUCUUCAUUGUUGGUUCUACAGACUACAGAGGUUCGCCUUCUUCUACUGGGUAUGUUUUUUGAUAGAACACUAAAUAAUAAACUUGUUAUUUAGUGUAAUGCUGGUGUAUGUUGUAUAUGUAGUAUAUAUUGGUGACAAAAUAUUACUCAAUGGAAAAUUGCUGUUCAACAAAAUGCAUAUUAUCUCUAUGUUCAUGUUGUUGUACUAAAAGAAUAUUGUUAUUCAGGGCUGUCUAUGUCAACUGGCCGGCAAUCAAACAAAAAAUAAUUUUGAACUUUUAACCAAUUAAAAAAAUAAAGUAUUGCACAGGUUAUAGAAUUAUGGGUUACAAACUUACAAUUAUUGAAAUCCCCCUAAAUAAAAACUUAUUUAAAUGAAAAAGAGAGGAAGAAAAAGAGGGAGAAGCAGCCCCAAUACAAACCAAUGAGGUAACGCAAAUAUGCAAUGCCUACUGGUAAACUAGAAUGUAAAAGUUUUGUAAGUUAAUUGGCUCAAGCACACACAAACACACAUAAGCAUCGGAUGAGCUGGAGGGAGUACAAGCACCAGAGCUGCACUGUUCUGGAGGUCCAUCACCGGCACAUACAUCGCCCGACUAUAUACAAUCAUAGUCAUCUUUUGGCAUCAUGAUCAGUUGCCGGAGUAAGUCUAGGCUUUCUUCUUCAUAGAUUGAAUUAACCUCCUUUUCAACUCACUUCGCUUCCACCAUUGCUUUUGUUUUAGCUAGCAACAAGUCUUCUUUUGUUAUCUUUAUAAUGCCUCUUAGUUGUAGCUUCGCAUUUACGGCCUAGCAUCGCUUUUUUAGUGAUUUUUUGAAUGUGUCAACUUUCUUUUUUAAUAGGUGUUCUGUAUAAUUAGUGAGGAGCAUGUAUUAUGCUUACAUCCUGCCAUAUCUGCGAUAUUAUAUUCUUCUCUUCAUACUUACAUAGGAAGUGGUUGUUAUUGAGAUGAAUUUAUUAAAUGCAGUACCAUGCUCUCUAUACACAUGCUUAGGAUAAUAAAUUAUGCACAAUCUAAGUAGAAAGUCUGGAAACCUGCUGUUUUAACUAUUUUUAAUGUAGUCUUCAUUGACUUCAUAUAUGUUACUGUCAUAUCUGAGUUGGUACCAGCUGGUGAUUUCUCUAUCUUAUACCAAAACGUUUGUACAAUACUAUGGUUUCUUGUGCACAUACACACACAGAUUAUAAUCAUUUAUCGGUUCAUUAAUCAAUCCUCGUAACUGUUGAACCAAUCCGAUUUCUGGUAGAGGGAGAACAAUAGGGAGAACUUAUUUCUGAUGGCAUCUACUCCAGUGGAUAUAAUAGACAACGGUAUACUCCCACGCCUGCCUGCAAAAUCUCUUGUGCGCUUUAAGUGUGUAUCCAAAAAAUGGUUAGCCUUGAUUUCUAGCGAUGAAUUCAUACUCCGUCAUCUUGACUAUGUUCUCUAUUCCAACUCAAACCAACUCCUCAUCCUCACUGGUAAUGAUGGUUUCCUCUACUCAUUCAACUUGGAUUUGCCGAAAUCUCCUGCUGUCAAGCUGCCGAGCUUUGGGGAACAGCCCUUUGUUGUUGGAUCUUGUAAUGGAUUGCUUUGCAUCCAAAGUAUUAGGCCUUACUGUCUUUUCUUGCUUAAUCCUACGACUGGCAGCUACCGGCAAAUCCCUACUUAUUAUCCACCAAGAAGAUACACUGCUUUGAAUUUUGGGUUUGGGUAUGAUUCUAAUAAUGAUGAUUAUAAAGUUGUUAGAAUUGUUGACCAACAUCCUCGUGUCAUGGGGUUCUUCUUUCCUGAAACGGAAAGGAUAGUUCGUGUUUAUAGCUCGAGGGCAAAUUCAUGGGAAGAGAUGAAGUUGACUCCUCCUCAGGAUUCUAUGGGAGACCGCAAAAAUGGUGUCCUUGUAAACAACAAUCUGCUUCAUUGGAAGUUUUGGAGUUUAGAGGAAGGUAAGUAUCGGAUCUGUUGUUUCAAUCUUUGUGAAAAUAAAUGGACUCAUGAUGUCCCAUUGCCGGACUAUAUGGGUAAUGAUAUACGAGAUGGUUUGCUGGAUUUUGGGGUUUUUGAUGGAUGUUUAUACUUAUCAACAAAGAAUCUGCAACAAUCUGUUGUUGAUAUAUGGGUGAUGAAUGAUUAUGGUGUGAAAGAAUCUUGGGUUAAGCUGGUCCAAAUUUCAGAUUCACAUGUCUUUGGAUCAUUGCGAGUAUCACCUAUUGCUUACGACAGGCUUAACCAUCAGAUUUUGCUUAGAACAGCAAACAAAACUGAGCAUAAGAUCUUGUGGUAUGAUAUUAAAGGUGAAACAACAAAAAGUGCUGAAUUCAAUGGGGUUUCAUACUGUCUUGGGAUCGAUGUAUGUAAAAGCAGCCUUGUUAAUGUUCCUGGUGCCCAAAUUGGAACAUCAGAACAGAAGGAUGAGAAUGAAGGUAUGCAGAUUUGAUUCAACAUUACAUGUUAGAUCUGAUUUGUUAGCUUGAUCUUUUACUAGGAUUAUAUAACUUCCUGUCUCCGCUUUGAUAUGAGAUUGUUGACUUGAAUCUUACGCGAUUAAGCUCACGCAGCCUUAUUUGUGUUUGAUUAUGUAGUAUGAGCAAGUUCUGAAUCAUUUUACUCAGUGUUUUUAGUGUUUAUUUCAACUUAGUUUUUGUU